AUGGCUCAACCUUCAACCCCCGGACAAUCUAUCUUUGGCGGGCCUACCCCUGUCGUCGGAACAACACAAGCCUUGGGUGCUGUCAGCCAGACUCCGUCGACCUCAAAUUCGCUGCAACCGGCGCCGACGCCGCCUUCGGCCACUUCGUCGUCUAACAAUACCUAUAUCAUGCCAAAUUCCCCUGCAAAGGGUCGCAGCGUCGCUGAUGGAUACCGACCCAAAGUCACCCGCACGCUAGGCCAGAGACCCGCUUGCCUAGUAAAUGCUUCAGUGACGUAUUGUGGGAAUAAUCAAAUAUAUGCUUUUGGAGGAUUCGACCAAUAUACCGAUGAAGUUUAUAAUCACGUGCUGAGGCUGGACCUCGUCAGCCAUCAAUGGAGUCUUGUCGACAACUAUGGUGAUAUUCCAGGAGUUCGGAUGGGACAUACUGCGACCUUGUAUCAGGGAAACAAACUCUUAGUCUUUGGCGGCGAGAACGAACAUCGAACAUACCUCUCGGACCUUAUUGUCUUUGACCUCAAGACUGCCCACUGGACUCAGCCACAAGUCUCAGGCCCGAUCCCGAAAGGUAGAGCGAGACAUGCUGCUGUCUUACAUGAGGACAAGCUCUUCAUCAUUGGUGGCAUAACUGGUCAGAACAACUAUGUGUUGGAUGACAUUUGUUACCUCGAUUUGAAGACUUUUACCUGGUCCAAGUCUUGGCGCUUUGUUGGUCGUUUCGACCACUCGGCUUAUAUCUGGGGCGACCGAGUUUGGGUAUUUGGAGGUCUGAGCGAGGACAUGGACAAGAUCAGCGAUCUGUGGUGGUUAGAUCUGAAAGGGAAUCCGCAAUUCGAUUCUCGACCUCAAAUAGGUAUCUUCGAUCGAGGUUCACUGUCUACUCGAGCUAGUAGCUCUCCCCGACCUCCAUACACCAUGGCCCAGGCUCCUGUCGUAGGGGCUUCUGGCUACGCCGCCAACUCUCGCACAGCUCAGGUCAACCCACCUUCAAUUCAAAUGAAGACAUACGCACCUGUGGCCCCGGGGUCUAUAUCUGCUCUCAAAUUCAUGUCUGGUCCCUCAAUUCCCUCUCAGGGCUCUGGUCUUCACUUUCAUGCCUACUCUUCGGGUACUCUUCUCGAUUUUGUCACACCUGCGGCGACUCUUACAUCGAGAGAAUGUUCUUUAUCAGCCCUGGACCUUGGCACGCUUCGCUGGACGAAGCUUGCCGGAGGGCGGGAGAUUUUUAAAGCGGGUUACAGGUGGCAUUACUGCUGUAUGAAUGAGGAUGGCACCAAAUCCUGGUUACUAGGAUGUCCAACUGACCCUGCUCCGGGCGACAUAGGGCCCAAUGGCUAUGAAGAAUAUCUUAGCGAUAUUAUGGAAAUUGACCUGCGACGAUAUGGCUUCCUAGGCGAUAAUUUGACACCAGAACCAAGGGUAGAGUCAAGGCCAUCUGCUAUGACAAGAGCCGUGGAUCAACCUUCUAAAGGAUUAGGUUCAGAUCUAGCAAAGCUCUUCAACCAGCCACCUGAGACAGGCAGCGGAACUGAUUUUGUCGUUACUGCGCUGGCUGGUGAUUACGAUGACGAUGAGGCUCUGAGCUCUGGUCUGAUUCGAAAUGAUGAGACAACACCGCGGAAUGAGAGCUGGCUCUCAGCAGACGCGCCGACAUCACAACCUAUUCAUGUCCACAAGCUCAUUCUCCAAGCGCGUUGGCCACACUUUGCGCGUCUUUACAACGCCCAGAUGGCUGAGUUUCACACCAAAAAGAUGCACAUCCCCGAGCCUUACAGUGUAGUCAAGGCCUUCCUCUACUAUCUAUACACAGAUAGCAUCCGUGGUACCUCGGACAACGAUAGUGACGCAACCACGGCGCUCUCUGAUGUGGCUGGCCUUCUGGUAAUGUCCAACAUCUACAAUAUCCCUCAUCUUCGCCUGCUCUGUGUCAACAGACUUGCUAAAGAACUCGAUGUCGACCAUGCUUGUAUCAUAUGGUACUGUGCAGGGCUCGCUAAUGAAGAGUGGUUACGCAAGCGUGCCGCAGGAUUCUGUAUGACCCACUGGGGACGUAUCGUCCGGACCCAGGGCUUCCUUCGUUUGCCGCGCACUGCACUCGUCGAGCUUUCGCAAGAAAUCGACAUGGAAGGACGUAUCAUCGGCGGAGAAGAACUCGAAUGGAGUGGCAUGAACGAUAACAUUGGACACGAUGCUCGUAAGGGGAGCAUAAGCAGUAACCAGACCCACAUGAUCGAGUCUGAAGCCGAUGACGACGAUGGCAUGGAGAUGACAUGA